AUGAUUAAAAAAUUACCUUAAGAAGUAAUUAAUAAAAUUGCUGCAGGAGAAGUAGUUUAAAGACCUUAUUCAGUAAUAAAAGAGAUGGUUGAAAAUUCAAUUGAUGCUCAUGCAUAAAACAUAACUAUUUAUUUAAAUAAUGCAGGAUUAGACCUAAUUAGAAUUAUUGAUAAUGGAGAUGGAAUUAUGAAGGAAGAUUAUGAAUUAUUAUGUGAAAGAUAUGCUACAAGUAAGAUUAGAGUUGCUGAAGAUUUAUUACAAUUAUUUUCAUUUGGAUUUAGAGGAGAAGCACUAGCUUCAAUAUCUUUUGUGUCCGAAAUGACAGUGAUCUCUAAAAGGAGAGAUCAACAAGUAGGAUACAAAGCUACAUAUAAUAGUUAGAAACUAUUGAGCAUGUCUCCUAUAGGGUGUUCAGAUGGUACAGAAAUUUAGAUAGCAUCAUUAUUUUAUAAUUUAGAAAAAAGGAGGUAAGCAUUAAAUAAAUCAGAAGAAAAAAAAUCUAUAUUAUAAUUGAUUUAGAGUUUAAGUCUUCAUCAUUCUUCAAUUUAAUUCAAAUUAUUUUAUGAGAAUAAAUGUGAGUUCUCAUCUUUCAAUAGAUUAGAUACUAUAUCAUCUAUAAUGAAAAUUAAUUAAUCAUGCAUUUAAGAGAAAUCAUUUAAUUCUGACAUAUAUAAAUAUGAAUCUCAUUUGAUGUUUACAAAGUUGAGUUCUGUUAAAUAUAAAAGAGAAUUAUGUUUAUUUAUAAAUGAUAGAUAUGUAGAUUGUGAUACAUUAAAAAAGAAAAUAACUCAAGCCUAUUAAGAUUGCUAUUUAUGUUUAAGAGUUGAAGAUGGAGGUUAUUAUGUAUAUUUGAGUAUAAAAUUAUAACCAAAAGAUAUAGAUCCAAAUGUUCAUCCAAAUAAAAAAAUUGUUAGGUUUUUGAAUGAAGAUGAAAUUAGUACUGAAAUAUCAGAAAAAUUAAAAUAAGAAUUAUCCCCUUAAUAAACAGUUAAAUUAAUACAGACUGUAUUAUUCUAACCAAAGUCUUAAGAAGAGCAGAAAAAGAAUAGCUUUAGCUUUAAAUAGUCAAUUUAAAGUUAAUAACAAUAUUAAAAAGAGAAGGUUAGGAUAGAUCCAAAGACUUAAACUUUAAUAUAAUAAUUUGCAAGAAAAUCAUAAGUCUAAUUAGCAUAGAAUGUAAUUGAUUAAAUUCCAAAUACUUAAUCAUAAAAAAUUGAAGAAGAAAGCAAUUUAAUAAAUGAUUAGAAUAUAAAAAAUGAAAAUCCUGAUUUGGAUGAUUAAUUAAACAAAAAUCAAAGUUUACAAAUUAAUUAGAUUAAUUAAAUAUCUAAAAUAUUAGAAGAAAAAGAGUAAACAUAAAUUUCUAAAGGAGAACGCUUUAAACUUUCUCUAGAAUCUUAAUUAGAAUUAUUUAAUAUUUUAUAGAAGAAGCAUCAUAAAGAUACAUAUGAAUUUUAUAAAAAUAUCUCUUUUGUAGGAUUAUUAUAAGAUUAAUAACAAUUAUUAGUUUAAAAUGAUACUAAAUUAUGUCUAAUAAAUGUUAUUCCUAUGAUAUUUAAUAUGAUUAUUGUUUAAAUUAUGUAAGGAGAAUAACCAGAAGGAGUCUUAUUAAUGGAAAAAUAAUAAGAUUCUGUAUUAAAAGUAAUUCGUUUAGAUUCAUCAGAAUUUCUAUUAAAGAUUAAUCAAAAUGAUAUAGAUAUAACAAUUUAAUUGGCAGAACACUUAUCUUUAUUAAAUUACAGUAAUGAAUUUAUUAGAGAUUUUGUACUACCCUUUUUCAAAAAAUACAAUGUUGCAGUAAUAUAAAAUGAUGUCCAAGUAGUACUGAGAUUGGAGGAUUUAUAUAAGUAUUUUGAAAGAUGUUGA